ACCAAUUUUUGUCUAAAAGCAAUAAAUUUUGGAAAUGUAAUUUUUAUUCUAACUUGUUUUCAUAAGUUAUAACAGCAAAAAUCAAAAAAUUUCUGUUUUCAAAAAUGUUCGUAGUCAUUUAUAUCCUAACAAUAAUUUUAUCAGAUGUGCUGGCCGCAAGUAUAAGUAAUAAUGAACAAUCAAUUUGGAACGACUUUAAAUCAAAAAAUAUAAAGUAUCAGUUUUUCAUACAAUUCGGCAAAGAAUCGAAAUGUUUUAGAGAAGACGAUGCCAAUUUUGAUAUUUUUUUCCAAGCGUUGAGUGGGGCUCUAAAUUCUGCAAAUACAAAAACAUUAUCUGGCCCUGAGAAGGAAACAGACUUAAUAAACUACCAAGAAACUUUGAGAAGUAGGGCUAAUGAAACAAUAUUCUGCGCGGAACUUCAUGAUAACAUGCCACAGGACUCCAAGUUUGCAAAAUUAUUACUGCAUGACGAAACGUGUUUAGCAUUUUGUUUUUGCAAAUCUGGUCUUUUAAAAGAAAAAUUGCCAGACAAAGGAUGUUCCCUUUUGCACUAUAUUUACACCAAAAUUAAAACAGAAAAAAAUAUUCAAGACAAGAAAAAUGUUGGCAAGACAUCUGAAGUAAACGAAGAACCAAAGGCAACCGAAUCUGAAGUAAAAAAGGCCGACGAUAUAAAAACUGAUAUAAUAGAAGAAACUUCGAAAUCUUCAAAGUUGCCGGAUCCUGAAGUUACACAAAAAAAAACUGAAUUGGCUCAGGCCGAUUCCAAGUCGGAAACGUCUUCUAAGAAGCCAGUAACUAAAGAUAUCACACCUGAAGUGGUAUCAAAAGCUAUCGAGAAUACAAAAGGUAUAAAUACCGUGUCUAAUAAUAUAUCACCAAAUGAAGAUGACGCUAAUGCGUUUUAUGCAGCUAAAACUGAAAAGCCUAUUGAACAAGACAAAAAUGCCAAAGCGAAUAACGAAGAUCUAAUUCCAUCUUUACCUUUUCAACCUGAUAACGAAGAAAGUUAUGAGAAUGAGGAGGAAAAUAUCCAAAAUACUGAUAAUAAUAUACCUAAAGUUGAACAAAGUCAAUCUUAUCACAAUAUAAACGACAAUGAAUUCCAAAAACCAAUAAUUUCAACAAAAUAUUAUACUGUACAAGAGGAUGCCGGUUCAAACUUUUUCACAUAUCUUUUUAUGGCGAUGUUUUUAACUAUAGUAUUUUAUGUUAUAUAUCAUAACAAAACUAAAAUUUUAGCUUUAAUGUUAGAAGGACGUCGUGGAAAAUCUGGUAGGGGUAGGAGAAAACAUACAGCUUCAUACAGCAAGUUGGAUAGUAAUCUAGAAGAAGCAAUUUCAUCCCCGUAUAGCGGUAGAAGUUCUCAAAUUAUAUAUUAAUGCGCUAGGUGAUCAUAAAUACCAUAGAAAGGAAAUUGUAAUAAACUUAGGUAGCUCUUUGGUUUUUAGAUUAUUAGUAAAAGAAAAGUAGAAUAUUGAAAUAAACAAAAUUACAAAACAAUCACGUAAAUACAACGGAUCAUAAAAGUAGAUACACAUUUCAAUCUUUUUAAGAAAAAUUUACUAAUUGAAUUUCAUGAUCACACAUUAUUCUGUGUACAUAUUUAAAGUUCAUUAAAGGAUUGCGUCUUAGCACAAAAACCGAAGAAAAGUUUUUAGAAUUUCGAAUAGAAUUAAUUCAAUUAAAUCUACUUUAACAUAAAAAAAUACCACUUCAUUUAAUUUUUCAUUUGUGUAUAUUGUAGUCGCUUCUCAUCAAAUUCAUAGUGCCUGUUUACAUUAUUUAUACUCUUGUUUAAAAUUAUCUAGAGACGAUCUCACUAGAUCUUUAAUAUUUUCAAUACUGGAAUUGGAAAAAAAAUAUUAAAGGGACUUUUUUUUCAUUGAACUAUUUAAAAAGCAGAAAUAUAAUUUUCGCUAUAUGCAUAUGUAUGUAUAUAAAUUUUUUCAUUUUAACUUAAAGUAAUUUAAUUUUUUUGCCCACAUACUCAAAAUUCCAAAUGAAUGAAAUAAAAAAAUAUGUAUGUGAAACUUUAAAUUUUGUUUUCAAUAUUUUGGUGUCAUUCAUCUAUUUUGAUAAAAAUAAAGAAAAUUCUUACCUACAACCGUUAAUAAAAUUGUUCGGA